CACACAAAAAAAAAUCAAAAACAGGGCUAAGCAUUUUGACAAAUGUUGCAUUUAAUUGACAAAAAAUAUCAUCUAAAUUAAUAAUGUUAUGUAAUUCAUUUCUUUACUCCACAGGGCUGAUGGUGACUUAAAUAAGGAGACUGAGAGAUUCUUAAAAUUCUGUCAAUUUGGGAUCUAUAAGCCCGGCAGACAGAAGAGCUCAUGGUCAUUACACGAGGCAUUAAGUUACCUUUUAAGCACUGCAGCUCAAAGGAUGUCAGAUCUAGUUCAUAAAGUCAGGAGGCAAAAGUCGUUCAUGCAGAGGGUUUGCCCGAAACAUCUCACCCUGCUUCAUUCAACACAAGAUGCGGUGAUGAAGAUUUUUUUUUUCCAAGGCAUAGAAGCCUCCUGGAUUCUAAUCAGUGAAAUAUAGAUCGACUAUCCAGUAUGACUUAAGCGAACACACCACCGACCCACACAUAUUCAGGGAUGGAUCUCAUGAACUUCUCAACUGUCAUCGACAAUGGGUUUUUGGACGAGGCUCCUUCGAGCCGUGUUCUAACUGGCUGCUUCCUCUCGCUGCUCAUCCUCACCACCUUGCUGGGAAACACACUUGUUUGUGCCGCAGUCACCAAGUUCCGCCAUCUGCGCUCGAAAGUGACCAAUUUUUUUGUGAUCUCGCUGGCUGUGUCAGACCUCUUGGUUGCCAUCCUGGUGAUGCCCUGGAAGGCAGUGACAGAGAUCGCCGGGUUCUGGCCGUUUGGCUCCUUCUGUGACACCUGGGUGGCUUUUGACAUUAUGUGUUCUACAGCAUCCAUUUUGAACCUUUGCGUGAUAAGCUUGGACCGUUACUGGGCCAUCUCCAGCCCCUUUCGCUAUGAGAGGAAGAUGACACCAAGAGUGGCUUAUGUGAUGAUCAGUGUAGCCUGGACGCUCUCUGUUCUGAUUUCCUUUAUCCCGGUGCAGCUCAACUGGCACAAGACCCAAACUAAAUCUUAUACCCCUCUCACUGGGUCCUCCGAUUCUUCGGGUUUUAAUGCUACAUCUUUCGGCAGCCCAGAGAACUGUGAUUCAAGCCUGAAUAGGACCUACGCCAUCUCCACCUCUCUCAUAAGCUUUUACAUCCCUGUGGCCAUAAUGGUAGCCACAUACACUCAGAUCUACCGCAUCGCCCACAGACAAAUCAGGAGGAUCUCUGCAUUAGAGCGGGCGGCCGAAAGUGCCAAGAACAGACAUGACAGCAUGAGUGGGGGCUCUAGCAUCGCAGAGUCUGAGAGCUCUUUCAAAAUGACGUUCAAGCGGGAGACCAAGGUGCUGAAGACGCUGUCAGUGAUCAUGGGGGUCUUUGUAUGCUGCUGGCUCCCAUUCUUCAUCCUCAACUGCAUGGUGCCCUUCUGCGAGCAGUCGAGCGAAGGGGAGGCUUUCCCCUGCAUCAGCUCCACUACGUUUGACGUGUUUGUGUGGUUUGGCUGGGCUAAUUCGUCCCUCAACCCCAUCAUCUAUGCCUUCAAUGCAGAUUUCCGUAAGGCCUUUUCCAUCCUGCUGGGCUGCCACAGACUGUAUCCAGGAGGCCACAACAUAGAGACAGUCAGUCUAAACAAGAAAUGACUCAUGACUCUCAAAGCACUGACUCAUCCUUAAUACUAAGAGUUCAAGCGUUUCUGUACAGGCCAGUCUGAUCGACUUCAAACGAAGACGCUGCUCUCUGCGCUGAUUCUUAGUGUGACUGAAGGAUGCGGUGACCCCAUGUGUACCCAUGCAUGCACUGGGCAAGUCUUUGUGCAGACUGUCAAAGUCUGCUCACUGUGUUGUUCCACUGUUUUCAGAUGAAAGAAACUCUUGAAAGAGGAGAAAGGAUUUGCAAGAUUGAGAUUAAGACUCUCCACUGGAAGCUGGGAGCACAGUGGUGCUGACACGCCCCCCUGGCAUAGAUAAUCCCAUGACUGGGCAGCACACUACCUAAUGCUGUCAGACACUGCUCUCCUCAAUACCAUCACACAUACAUUCACAAACAGAAACAUGCUCAAAAAAUGCUCCUCCGACAACAGCGCGACACCCAGACUGUACACUGCAACAUAUUACAUGACAGCCCACAGAAAUACUGUUGCAGAUUAUGUCACCAUCCUGUGCUCUGCAAGGGUUCCAGCAGUGUUGAACCAAAUCCUGUUUCUACAUGGAUGAACAUGUAGGCAAAGUACAUCCACCUGUGACUUAGUAUCAAAGCAACACUGAAAACAGAGGUUUCCAUUAGUUCCAUUACGGUUUUAAAAGUUAAGAGAAGUGUACAGUAAAAAAUUUAAAAAUUCAGCUUGUCAUACCACAGGUCACAUAUCACUGCUGACACUGGUGCAGAAUUGUUAUUUAUUUGUUAUUUAUCUCACACAAAUGUGAUUCCAACUUCAAACCAAAUUUACUCAACAGACACCUCAUAAAUUAUUUGUUUCGCUGCUUGAAAGUGUUUUAUGGAUGAGUGUCUCAAAUUACUUUGUGUGUCCUGUAUUUUUCAUUACUAACAGCUGAUGACCUCUUUUAAGGAAAAGGCACAAAACUAAACAAAGGUUUGACUUCACUUGUGGUGUCUUUCAGAAUUGUGCUUAUUUAAAUGACACUCCUAAGUUGAACAAGGAAGUCAGCCAGUAAACUAAUUUGUGUUUACAUCCUA